GAAGGGGCGAGAGGCGGUGCUGCCGGCCCGCGCAGCCGGUUUGGGUUGCAGGAGGCGGACGGGGGAGGAGCGCCGCGGGCGGGCGGGGCGGUUCGGGCGGCCGGGCCAUGCAGGACGCAGAGCCGGCGAGUUGCGGCUGAGACCGGGCUCUACGCACCUAGAGGCAGCUAAUGCCCCUCGCUUUCCCCGCUCCGCCACUGGAGCCGGGCCGCAUCUGGACCGGGCGCCGCGCGGCGGGGCCGACGCCGGGCCACAAUGCUCCUCGGGGCAUCUCUGGUGGGGAUGUUGCUGUUCUCCAGGCUGGUGCUGAAACUGCCCUGGGCCCAAGUGGGGUUCUCCCUUCUGCUCGUCUACCUGGGGUCUGGCGGCUGGCCCUUCAUCCGGAUCUUCAUCAAGACCAUCAGACGCGAUGUCUUUGGCGGCAUGGUGCUCCUGAAAGUGAAGGUAAAAGUCCGGCGGUACCUGCGGGAGCAGAAGACAGUGCCUCUUUUGUUCGCCUCUACGGUUCGCCGCCACCCUGACAAGACGGCCCUGAUCUUCGAGGGCACAGACACCCACUGGACCUUCCGCCAGCUGGACAACUACUCGAGCAGUGUGGCCAACUUCCUGCAGACCCAGGGCCUGGCCUCGGGUGAUGUGGCUGCCCUCUUCAUGGAGAACCGCAAUGAGUUUGUGGGCCUGUGGCUGGGCAUGGCCAAGUUGGGCGUGGAGGCGGCACUCAUCAACACCAACCUCCGCCGGGAUGCCCUGUGCCAAUGCCUGACCACCUCCCAGGCCCGGGCCCUCAUCUUUGGCAGCGAGAUGGCCCCAGCUGUCUUUGAGAUCCAUGCCAGCCUGGACCCCUCACUCCUCCUCUUCUGCUCCGGCCCCUGGGAGCCCAGUGCAGUGCCUGCUGGCACAAAGCACCUGGAUCCCCUGUUGGCAGAUGCCCCCAACCACCUUCCCAGUCGCCCUGACAAGGGCUUCACAGAUAAGCUCUUGUACAUCUACACAUCGGGCACCACAGGGCUGCCCAAAGCUGCCAUCGUAGUGCACAGCAGGUAUUACCGCAUGGCUGCCCUGGUCUACUACGGAUUCCGCAUGCAGCCUAACGACAUUGUCUAUAACUGCCUCCCCCUCUACCACUCAGCAGGGAACAUCGUGGGAAUCGGGCAGUGCCUGCUCCACGGCAUGACAGUGGUGAUCCGGAAGAAGUUCUCGGCUUCCCGGUUCUGGGAUGAUUGUAUCAAGUACAACUGCACAAUCGUGCAGUAUAUCGGGGAACUCUGCCGCUACCUCCUGAACCAGCCACCCCGGGAGGCAGAGAACCAGCACCGGGUGCGCAUGGCACUCGGCAACGGCCUGCGGCAGUCCAUCUGGACCGAAUUUUCUAGUCGCUUCCACAUCCCCCAGGUGGCUGAGUUCUAUGGCGCCACUGAGUGUAACUGCAGCCUGGGCAACUUCGACAGCCAGGUGGGAGCCUGUGGCUUCAACAGCCGCAUCCUGUCCUUCGUGUACCCCAUCCGGCUGGUACGUGUCAAUGAGGACACCAUGGAGCUGAUCCGGGGGCCUGAUGGCGUCUGCCUUCCCUGCCAGCCAGGUGAGCCAGGCCAGCUGGUGGGCCGCAUCAUCCAGCAGGACCCCCUGCGGCGCUUCGAUGGCUACCUCAACCAGGGCACCAACAAUAAGAAGAUUGCCAAGGAUGUCUUCCAGAAGGGGGACCAGGCCUACCUCACCGGUGACGUGCUGGUGAUGGACGAGCUGGGCUACCUGUACUUCCGAGACCGCACGGGGGACACGUUUCGCUGGAAAGGUGAGAAUGUGUCCACCACGGAGGUGGAAGGCACGCUCAGCCGCCUGCUGGACAUGGCCGACGUGGCAGUGUAUGGUGUCGAGGUGCCAGGAACUGAGGGCCGGGCCGGAAUGGCUGCUGUGGCCAGCCCCGCUGGCAGCUGUGACCUAGAGCACUUUGCACGGCUCCUGGAGAAGGAGCUGCCCCUAUACGCCCGCCCCAUCUUCCUGCGCUUCCUGCCUGCACAGGAGCUGCACAAAACAGGGACCUUCAAGUUACUGAAGAUGGAUCUGCGGAAGGAGGGCUUUGACCCAGCGGUUGUGAAAGAUCCGCUGUUCUACCUGGACACCCGGAAGUGCCGCUACGUCCCACUGGACGGAGAGGCCUACAGCCGCAUCCAGGCAGGCGAGGAGAAGCUGUGAUUUGCCCCGAAUCCCUCUGAGGGCCAGUGGAGGCUGGACCCAGAGCCCCAGCUCCUACUCCAGAGGGGUCCUGGGCAAUGCCAGACCAAAGCAAGCAGGACCCAGCACCUCGGCUCGAGGUGCUGACCCCCUCCCCCUCAAAACUGCCAAGUGACCCACUGCCACCUCCCCCCGAGGCUUUCUGUGAAAGCCUCAUGUCCACAUAUGUCUUUGAGGCUAGGCGGGGCCUCUGGGCCCCAGGCUGAGACUGACUGGGCCCCUCAGGAUGAUGUCUUAGGUCUGGGCAGGGGGAGGUUGAGGGUUACCAAGGACUUCCCAGAGAGCAGGGAGCUGUACAUGGGACCAGGGCAGAAGCCCCCAGACUCAGGAAGCCAGCAGAGUGGGCAGGAGCAGCAGUGGCCGACAAACAUGUGGCCAAAGAGGAUCCUGGCCCACAAACUGCUCAAGUGUCACUCUGCCCUGCUUCGGCCUGCAGAAGGGCGGACCCCGACCUGCAGCAGGUGGCUUGGACAGAACACCCCCUCCUGUCCUCCUCUCCCUGGGUGGCUGCCUGGCUAUCCCUCAGGCAGCGCCUUUCUGUCUUUGUGGGUCUGUCCAUGUCACCUUCUCCAUCUCAGUCCUGGCCUGGCUAUGAGGAGGGGUGGGGGGCGCUCAGGGGCCAAUAAACUCUGCCUUGACUUCC